AUGUCGUCGAAGGGUGACGAUGAGGAGAAGGAGGAGCCACAUACGAGCAUCUAUCCACCCAGUCCUAGCUCGGUUUACAGCAACGAUAGUCCUCUUGAGAACGACAAAAUCAACAGCGGGAUUCAAGGUAGCGAUGACUGGACUUUCUUGGGUGACGUCCAUGUUGCUAUCGUAGCUUGGCUUGAUGCUGGGGGUUUGGAGAUGGCGAGGCUAGGUGUGUGA